AUGGUUUUGAUCGACAGGCAAGAGUACCUCACCCAGGAGGAACAGCGACUGAAGGAGGACCGCGAACGCAACAAGUACUGGAAGAAAUGGGGUCCCUACGUUGCAGAGAGACAAUGGGCAACCGUCCGAGAGGAUUAUUCUGAGAAUGGGGAUGCGUGGAGCUACUUCACCCACGACCAUGCCCGAUCGAGAACAUACCGCUGGGGCGAGGAUGGAAUUGCCGGUGUAUCAGAUACCCACGGUCUACAAAAUAUCGCAUUCGCUUUCUGGAAUGAAAAAGAUGAGUUUCUCAAAGAGCGCCUGUUCGGGUUAUCCAACCCCCAAGGAAACCAUGGAGAAAGUAUCAAGGAAGCUCAUUUCCACGUGGAUAAUACCCCAACGCACUCGUACAUGAAAUACCUCUACAAAUACCCGCAGAAGAAAUUCCCUUAUCAAGACCUGAUCGAUGAAAACGCACGACGCUCCCGGCAAGAUCGCGAGUAUCAGCUCCUGGAUACCGGUGCAUUUGAGGAUAAUCGCUACUGGGAUAUCUUCAUUGAGACGGCCAAGGAAGGGGAUGAUGAGGAUGAACUCAUGUUCCGGAUCAUUGCUUACAACAGAGGUCCCGAACCCGCUCCGUUGCAUAUCGUCCCUCAUGUGUGGUUCCGAAACACCUGGUCGUGGGGAUACGAGGGCCAGUCGGAGAAGCCGUCCAUGGAGAAGGUGUCUGAACUCACGGCCAAGACCAAUCACAAGAAGCUUGGGGAGCGUUACGUACGGUUCUCGCCUUCUCCCGCCUUUGGUGAGGCUCAGGAGGACGUCAUGCCUCGGAUGAUGUUCACCGAGAAUGAGACGAACAACGAGCUACUCUGGAACAGCAAGAACGACCAGCCUUACGUCAAGGAUGCGUUCCAUCGCUAUAUCGUCAACGAGGAGAAAGAUGCCAUCAACCCUGCCAACAAGGGCACCAAAUUUGCCGCGUGGUAUGCCUUUGACGAGGGAGAUGGCAUUCCUCCAGGCGAAUGCGCCGUCGUCCGUUUCAGGCUUUCCAGCAAGAACGAGCCGUUUGUCGAUGAAGAAGUGCUGGACGAUGUGGUCGAGCAGCGCAGGACCGAGGCCGACGAGUUUUACUACCGUAUCAGCCCUCUGCCCAUGAGUGACGAUCUGCGGAGUAUUCAGAGACAAGCAUUUGCCGGCAUGAUGUGGACGAAGCAAUUUUACCACUUUGUCUGGGAACAGUGGGCCAACGGUGAUCCUGGGAUGAUCCCGCCUCCUCCAGGACGUAAGCAUGUUCGCAAUCAGCAAUGGAAGCAUCUCUACAUCGACGAUAUCCUGUCGAUGCCAGACUCCUGGGAGUACCCUUUCUUUGCUGCUUGGGAUACAGCGUUCCAUUGUAUUCCUCUGGCCAUGAUCGACCCUGAUUUCGCAAAGAAGCAGCUGGACAUUCUCACUCGCGAAUGGUACAUGCACCCCAACGGUCAGCUCGCAGCCUAUGAGUGGAAUUUCGGUGAUGUGAACCCACCCGUCCAUGCGUGGGCUGUGUUCAGGACCUUCAAGAUCGAGCGGAAGAUGUAUGGCCGGCAGGAUCUGGACUUCUUGGAGCGUGUCUUCCAGAAGCUCUUGCUGAACUUCACCUGGUGGGUCAACCGCAAGGACUCCGAAGGCAAGAAUGUUUUCGAGGGAGGUUUCUUGGGUCUGGACAAUAUCGGUUUGUUCAACCGCUCCGAACCUCUUCCAACCGGAGGUGUCUUGGAACAAGCAGACAGUACUGGCUGGAUGGCUUUUUACUGUCUCUGCAUGCUCAACAUUGCCCUGGAAUUAGCCAAGCAUCGCCGCAUUUAUGAAGACAUUGCCUCGAAAUUCUUUGAGCAUUUCCUGCUCAUCAGCGAUGCCAUGACUUUCAAGUCGGGAGGAAAGGAAUCCUCCCUGUGGAACGAAGAAGAUGGUUUCUACUACGAUGCUAUUUCUUAUGGGGAGCCAUGGACGCAACAGCUUCCCGUGAGGUCGCUGGUCGGCUUGAUCCCGCUGUAUGCUGUCCUUACACUCGAACCUGAGUUGAUCAACAAGUUCCCCUCUUUCAAGCGGAGAAUGGACUGGUUCAUUGAGAACAGGCAAGAUGUUGCAGAGAGGAAUAUUGCCAGUAUGAAACGCCGGGGCAAGGAUGAUCGCCUCCUCUUGUCGCUGGUCAGCAAGGAUCGUCUGGAGCAGAUCUUGAAGCGGAUGCUUGACGAAACCGAGUUCUUGUCCGAACAUGGCAUCCGGUCCAUGUCCAAGCACCAUGAGAAACAUCCGUACUCAAUGGAUGUCAAUGGCCAGACAUUCAGAGUCGGCUAUGUGCCGGGCGACUCCGACAGCGGCCUGUUCGGAGGCAACAGCAACUGGCGUGGUCCUGUCUGGCUGUGCGUCAACUUCUUGCUCGUAGAGUCUCUUCUGCGGUUCUACAUGUUCUACGGAGAUUCCUUCCAAGUGGAAUGUCCUACCGGCUCUGGAGAUUACAUGCAUCUCGGCCAUGUCGCCGAGGAAAUCCAACAUCGCCUGCAGCAUCUGUUCGCCCGGAACGACGAAGGGCGCCGCGCAGUCAACGACAACUCCGAUCUCCUCGACUUCGACGAGCACUGGAAAGACUACAUGUGGUUCCACGAAUUCUUCGACGGAGACACUGGCCGCGGUCUAGGGGCUUCUCACCAAUGUGGAUGGACAGGUUUGAUCGCCAAGGUGAUCCAUGAUACCGGCGUCAACUGCCGUCUCCCACAAACCCCCCGCUCCCCCUUCGCCGCAGCCUCCCACUACUUCGACGACAUCUUCACCCGCUCCGGCCGCCCCCGCAGCAGCCGCAGACCCAGCAUCCGCCGCUCCGCGUCCAUCACCCGCUCCAUCGGCAACCGUAGCGACUUCGAAUCAGCCUUCACGGGCGCCGAAACCCCCGCCGCGGACAUCCUCUCCGACGACGAGCACGACCGCGGCCUGCCGAAUGGCAUCGACGAGCACGUCUCCAAUUACGUCGCGAGCCAGCUGCAGCGCGUGAGAAGUUCGGCUUCCAUCGCCGCGUACGAGGAUGAGUUCGAGGCGCAGGCGGACCGCACUCCUCCAAAUGGUCAUUAG